AUAAAGCAUUGUUUACGUCUGUCGUUAAAGAAGUAGGUCACAGUAAAAUGUGACAGUUGCGGACUGGAUCCGAUUUUUUUUCCCCAGAUACAUAGUUCACUGUGUCAUACUAGUAUCUUUAGAUAUAAGAGACACCAACGAUCUAUAGUGCACCCCUGAUAGACUGGUGAGGAGGCCCCUGGUUGGCAUGUCGAGGCGGAGCAGAAACAGUAGAGCGUGGAGGUACGUGUGGAGUGGAAUCCGACGGGAUGCAGAUGCAAGAGCUUUAGUGCUUGCUUCCGAAAGUGAGGACUGGAGUUAUGAUCAGCAGCAGUACAGUGACUCUGAUUCCGAAGCGGAGUACCCAGCCCUUGUGCCGGCAGUUCCGAGUGCCGUGCCCGUUACAGGAGAGUCAUACUGCAGCUGUGACUCACAGAUGGAGCUCAGCUGUAACCCACGGCUCCGAGGUUACACACACUUACGAGACUGCCACUGUGGAGAAGAUGACCAAGAUUUUGACUGGGUGUGGGACGAGGGCAGCCGGUCUUCUGCAACACUGUUAAGCUGUGAGAACAGAAAAGUGAGCUUCCAUUCGGAAUAUAGCUGUGGAACAGCAGCCAUUCGUGGCUCUAAAGAACUCACGGAGGGACAACAUUUCUGGGAGAUUAAAAUGACUUCCCCAGUGUACGGCACUGACAUGAUGGUUGGUAUUGGCACAUCAGAUGUGAAUCUGGACAAAUAUAGACACACGUUCUGCAGCCUGCUGGGUAAAGAUGAAGACAGCUGGGGUCUGUCAUAUACAGGUCUGUUGCAUCAUAAUGGUGAUAAAAUGAGCUUUUCGUCACGUUUCGGCCAGGGUUCCAUUAUUGGUGUUCACUUGGACACUUGGCAUGGAACGCUCACCUUCUAUAAGAAUCGCAAGUGCAUUGGUGUUGCAGCUGCAGAGAUGAAGAAUAAGCGUGUUUUUCCAAUGGCAUGUUCCACUGCUGCCAAGAGCAGCAUGAAGGUGAUUCGCUCCGUCUCUGCCCCCACCUCUCUACAGUACCUUUGUUGCUCUCGCCUCCGUAAGCUGCUCCCCUCUGGAGUUGAUGCACUUAGAGUUCUGCCCCUCCCACCUGGCCUCAGACACCUUCUGCACACCAAACUGGGAUGGGUGCUGAGCCUGGAUCACAUGCAUCCACAUGCACACUCGAAGGCACACACCUCACCAGGGCCCUCCUCGGGUAGUGACUCCGAGGGCUGCUCAUCAGACCCGGAAGCCUGCCAGCGGAAACGUUGCCGCUGGACCUGAGGCCAUGUCUAUGCCUCAUCCACUCACCCUUAUGAAACCAUUAAAAUGUCUCCACAAACAAAAAGAAUCCAUGCAUUAACACUGGACGUGUGCCGUCUCGUACAAAGGUGGACGAUAGAGUUUGAUGACUAACUUGAAGGUCAGUUGAGCCAGUUUAACUAGUUGUAUUGGUGGUAAGUAUUCAUUCUUUGCUGUCCAAAAAUAGUUUGGCCUUUCAGGUUAAAAUUGAGAUGUACUGUAUAGCAGUAUUCAAAGUCAGUUUUAUUCUGUUGUGAUGCUCCCAAUACACAAUGGAAUGAAGUUCAUCAGCUCUUUUUCAUGUGGGAAACAAAAACAUGUUACCAUUUAAAAUGCAGGCAAAAAAAAAGUGUACUUGCAAAAAAAAGACCCAUUCACACACAACAAUCACAUCAUUUUUAGUGAACUGUAAAAUGCUCUUUGUGUUCUCCUCCCAUCAUCUGGGGCAGAAAAUGUUACUUGAACAUAGGAAGUGACACACAGUGUCAUUCUCUAGUACAGGCCAGUGAAACAUCUCGGCACGUGCCAUGGUCUGUUCCCUCUAUGUUUGAGUCUGUGUGUCAAUCAUUUUGUUCUUAUUCUAUCAAACAACUUGAAGUUACCAACAGAGAGUUAGGAAAUUGAUAACAGUGACAUCAUAAUGAAUAUUGUCUGUAAAAAGUUUUUUUUUAUACCAUGAAAUCUUUAGGAAAAAUGCCUCUGACAGUUUUUUCUCUCUCUAGGAAAUACUUUGGGCCCUAGUCAUUGCUCGUGUGUGUAUACGUGUAGUAUGUAUAUUUGAAAAGUAUUUCCAGAGAAAUUUCCAUGAAAAAACUAUGAUGCAGUUGUCAAACUGACUGAUCUGAACUGAAGUGGAGGUUAAAUCACUUUUCAAUCUGUGCAACAUCUCUACAUGAGGUUCAUUUUGAAUUCAGAUGGGGUUUUUAAAUCGCAGGUUUUGUAAUUCAUUGUAAAGAAAGCAAAUCAUGUUUUUGUUAUGCAUAAAAGCACUUUCUGGCUUAUUGUAUGUAUAGAAAUGUAUACAGGUCCUGUAUACUGUGCUCAACGCAAAUUGUAUGUCAUAAACGCUUGCAUUCGCUCUUUCUCUCUUGAAUCAUAAAAAAAUGAGAAAUUAUAUAUGCAUUGAAAAAGAGGUUGGUUGUGAUUUUGCCUUUCUUUCUGAGAUCUUAAUAAAGAUUUCCAUGAGUCAAUUGAAAUGUUCCUCUUACU